AUGUCAGCAGCUAGUGAAAAGAAGAACUCUGCUGAAGUUCUUUCUGAAUUAUUAAGCAAGUUACAAGUUGCAGAUGAUAGGGAGGAAGCUGCUGCCAAUGUUGCUUCUUUCUUGAACUCAUCUAUCGUUGAACACGACGUUCCACAGGACUUCUUUACUUCUUUGAAGAAGGAAAUCAACAACAAGGAUGCUUCAGUAUCUACCGCCGCAUUAGAAGCAUAUGCUCAUAUUGCAUCAAGAAAUGACUUGGCUCCAUCAGUGGAGCCUUAUGUUGUUGGCUUAGUUAGUGAUGUUGCUGUCAAGGCUGGUGAUAAGAAUAAGGACGUCCAAGCUAAGGCUUCCGAUGCAUUAUUAGCUAUUGCUAGGGCAAUCACUCCUACUGCUAUAAAGGCUCUCCUUCCAAAGCUUUUAGAAAACUUGGUCAACUCAAACAAGUGGACUGAGAAAGUUGCUAUUUUGGGAGCAGUCAGUCAGUUAGUGGACACCGCUAAGGAUCAGAUUGCAUUGAGAAUGCCCGAAUUGAUCCCCGUUUUGUCUGAGACCAUGUGGGAUACCAAGAAGGAGGUUAAAGACGCUGCCACUAAAACUAUGACAAAGUCUACUGAAACAAUCGACAAUAAGGAUAUUGAAAAGUUUAUUCCCAAGUUGAUAGAAUGUAUUGCUAAGCCAACUGAAGUUCCUGAAACCGUUCAUCUUUUGGGUGCCACUACAUUUGUUUCAGAGGUUACCAUGGCUACUUUAUCUAUCAUGACUCCUUUGUUAUCUAGAGGUUUAGCUGAACGUGACACUGCUAUCAAACGUAAAGCUGCUGUUAUCGUUGAUAACAUGUGUAAGUUAGUGGAUGAUCCUCAAGUUGUUGCUCCUUUCAUGAGUAAAUUGUUACCGGCUCUCAAGGGUAACUUUUCUACUAUGGCGGACCCUGAAGCUCGUGAAGUCACCAAUAGAGCUUUAGCCACAUUGAGGAGAGUCGGUGCUGUUGGUGAAGAUGAUGUUAUUCCUGAAGUAUCUACUGCUGGUGAUAUUCCAGUCACUUUAGGCGUUUUCAACGAAUUAUUAUCUAGCCAAAAAGUCGAUAAGAAGUUUGACCUUGCAAAGGAGUACAUUGCUGCCAUCGCAGGAGAUUUGAUCGACGAGAGAGCUAUUCAUCCUGAAACUUGGACGCAAUACAUUGUUCCUUUCGCUACCAUCUUUUUACACGAGAAAGAUGCGAAGGAGAUUGUUGAAGAAUACAGAAAGAGAGCUGUUGACAAUAUUCCAGAGCCACCAGCUUUUGAAGAUGAAGAGGACGAUGGAGAAGAUUUAUGUAACUGUGAGUUUUCUUUGGCCUACGGUGCUAAAAUUUUGUUAAACAAAACUCAGUUCAGGUUGAAGAGAAAUAGAAGAUAUGGUUUGUGUGGUCCAAAUGGUGCCGGUAAGUCAACCUUGAUGAGAGCUAUUGCUAAUGGUCAAGUUGAAGGAUUCCCUACACAAGAGGAAUGUAAGACCGUUUAUGUUGAGCACGACAUCGAUGGAACUCAUGCUGAUACAUCUGUUGUCGACUUCGUCAUAGAUGACGGUGAAGUUGGUUUAACCAAGGAUACCGUGGAAGAUAAGUUGAGGGAAUUUGGUUUCUCCGAAGAGAUGAUCAAAAUGCCAAUUCAAUCCUUAUCUGGUGGUUGGAAAAUGAAGUUGGCUUUGGCUAGAGCUGUAUUAAAGAAUGCCGAUAUCUUGUUAUUGGAUGAGCCAACUAACCAUUUGGAUACCGUUAAUGUUGCCUGGUUAGUCAACUAUUUAAAUACUUGUGGUAUUACUUCAAUCAUUGUGUCUCACGAUUCUGGAUUUUUGGAUAAAGUUGUCCAAUAUAUUAUUCACUACGAAGGUUUCAAAUUAAGAAAAUAUAAAGGGAAUUUAUCUGAGUUCGUUAAGAAGUGCCCAUCUGCGCAAUCUUAUUACGAAUUAGGUGCUUCUGAUUUGGAAUUUAGAUUCCCAGAGCCUGGUUUCUUGGAAGGUGUUAAGACUAAACAAAAGGCUAUUGUUAAAGUUUCCAAUAUGACAUUCCAAUACCCGGGUACUUCUAAACCACAAGUCACUAAUAUAUCUUUCCAAUGUUCUUUGUCAUCCAGAAUUGCUGUUAUCGGUCCUAAUGGUGCUGGUAAGUCUACCUUGAUUAACGUGUUGACCGGUGAAUUAUUACCUACCUCCGGUGAAGUUUACGUCCACGAGAACUGUCGUAUUGCUUACAUUAAACAGCAUGCUUUUGCUCAUAUUGAUAAUCACUUAGAUAAGACUCCAUCUGAAUAUAUUCAAUGGAGAUUCCAGACUGGUGAAGAUAGAGAAACCAUGGAUAGAGCAUCUAGACAAAUCAACGAAGAUGAUCAAAAAGAUAUGAAUAAGAUUUUCAAGGUUGAGGGUACCGAAAGAAGAAUUGCCGGAAUUCAUGCCAGAAGAAAGUUUAAAAACUCUUACGAAUAUGAAAUCUCCUGGAUGUUGGGAGAAAACAUUGGUAUGAAGAAUGAAAGAUGGGUUGCAAUGAUGUCUGUUGAUAACACUUGGUUGCCAAGAGGUGAAUUGAUGGAAACCCACUCUAAGAUGGUUGCUGAAGUGGAUAUGAAAGAAGCCUUAGCAUCUGGUCAAUUUAGACCAUUAACUAGAAAGGAAAUUGAAGAACAUUGUGCGAUGUUGGGUUUGGAUGCUGAGUUAGUCUCUCAUUCUAGAAUCAGAGGUUUGUCUGGUGGUCAAAAAGUCAAAUUAGUUUUGGCCGCUUGUACUUGGCAAAGACCACAUUUGAUUGUAUUGGAUGAGCCAACUAACUAUUUGGAUCGUGACUCUUUGGGUGCAUUGUCAAAGGCUUUGAAGGCUUUUGAUGGUGGUAUUGUUAUUAUCACACACUCUGCUGAGUUCACAAAAGACUUGACUGAAGAAGUCUGGGCUGUUUUAGAUGGUAAAAUGACACCAUCGGGUCACAACUGGGUUCAAGGUCAAGGUGCUGGUCCAAGGUUAGAGAAGAAGGAUGACGAAGAAGACAAAUUUGAUGCCAUGGGUAACAAGAUUAGUGCUGUGAAGAAGAAGAAGAAGUUGUCUUCUGCUGAAUUAAGAAAGAAAAAGAAGGAAAGAAUGAAAAAGAAGAAGGAUUUGGGUGAUGCUUAUGUUUCAUCUGACGAUGACUUCUGA